AUGCUCGACGCAACUACGUUACUAUUUAUCUUUAUUAUAAUAAUUUAUAUACUAUUACGUUAUUCUACUGAAAAGAAAAUAUUUCCUGGCCCAAAACAUUUCAUAAAUCUACCGAAUUAUUUUUUUGAUAUAGUAUUGAAAAUAUCAAAUAAAAACCUUCGAAACAACUUAUUAAAAGUUUUUUUUCCUGAAUCAUUUCGAUAUAUUGAAUUAACAGUACCAUUAGCCUCUCAAUAUUAUACAUCAAAAUAUGGUGAUAUUGUUCAAGUAAAUCUUUUUAAUCAACCAACAAUAAUAAUAUCAAAUCCAGAUUUUGCUGAUUAUAUAUUAAGACGUAAUGGAAAAAAUUAUACAUUAAGAUUUGGUAAUUCAUUAGGUUUAGAAUAUUUAGGAAUGAAAAAUAAAGGAAUUAUUUGGAAUAGAAAUAUUCAACGAUGGAAAUAUCAACGCUUAAAUUUUUUUCAAAAAGCUUUAAAUAAUAAAUUAUUAGAUGAUGCAAAAUAUAUUUCAAAUGAUGCUACUGAUUAUAUAUUAAAAUAUCUGGAAAAAUAUGAAAUUCAAAUAAAUAUAAUUGAUAUAAUGGAUUUUUUACGUUCAAUAACAUUUACAAUAACAUGUCAUUUAUUUCUUGGUUUACCUAUUGGAACAAUUUCAAUUGAAAAAACAAAAUAUUAUGUUAAUUCAAUUGUAGAAUAUUUUAAAGCAUGGGAAUAUUUUUUAUUAAAACCAACUCAAUUUUAUGAUGAAAAUGAAACAAAUAAACAUCAAAAAUCAAUAAAACAAUUAAAUGAUGUUGUUAAUGAAAUACUAUCGAAACGAGAUAUGAAUAAUAAUUGUUUAUUUAUUAAUUCAUUAUUAAAUGCUCUUAAUAAUCAACAAAUAACAAAAGAAGAAAUGAAUCAAUGUAUAUUAGAAAUGUUAAUUGCUGGUACAGAUACAUCAUCUGUUACAAUGUUUUAUUUUCUUCUUGCACUUUCUGAUCGAAAUGAAUUAGAAGAAAAAUUAUUAAAAGAAUUAAAAGAUAAUUCUUAUCAAACUCUAACAAAUGGUUUAAAAGAAUCAAUGCGUUUUAAACCAGUUGGUCCUGUUAUAAUGAGAUGUGCUAUUAAUGAUGAUAUUUAUAAUAAUAUUCAAAUUAAAAAAGAAACAAAUAUAAUUGUUAAUUUAGUUGAUAUGCAUAGAAAAAAUGAAUAUUUUUUAUUAGGUAAUCAAUUUAAUUUAAUUAAUGUUGAAGAUAAAGAUUUAUCAAAUACAAAUAAUGAAAAAAAUGUUUUUCUUCCAUUUGGUAUUGGACCUAAAGAAUGUGUUGGACGAUGGUUAGCUAAAAUUGAAAUGGAAAUAAUUAUUGAAAAAUUAAUUUUAAAUUAUUCAUUUAAACGUGCUAAUGGAACGAAAACAUUAGAAGAAUUACAAACAAGAUGGGAUAUUGCACAGCAACCUACACAUCCUGGAUAUAUGCUUAUUCAAAAAAGAUAA